AUGCUAGUCCGUGUUUGGGAUGACUGCCGCACGCUCGACAUCUUCAACAUUCACAAUCAUGGUCUGUCCGCCCAGCAAGUUCGUGAAGUGGCUGCCGCGAUACGAGUAUCGCAACGUGCUGCUGCCCUCGACCCCGACAUGUACACCACCUUUGUCCUCGGGGACUUCAAUUUUGCCACGCACGAGGCUCUCGCGCUCGCUGCCCCCGCGGCGGCCGUGCGCAAGCUGUCGAAGUGCCACCACGUGCAGGCGCCCAAGUGGCGCCAGGCCCUCGCCCUCCUGACCGAGAUUGCGUGCGAGGACCCCACGCACUACGAGAAGUUCAACGACUCGUGCGCGACGAUCGACCGCGUCUUCUGCUCGAUCACGGGCUGGCAGCUCUGCCAGCUGUAUGUCCAGAUUGGCACGCUUGGCUCGCCGGCGGCUGUCUUUGACAAAAAGAUAUCUGACCAUGCUGCUGUUGUUCUCUCGAUUGCCUGCCGCCCGCCUCGUCCAGUGGAGUCCCGCCCCAUUCCCAAACACCUGUUCUCGGAGCCUGGUUUCAAGCGGCGCCUGGAGGGGCUGUGCUCCUGCAUCCCGUGGGACUCCAUGUCGCCCCCGUUCAAGGUUGAAAAGUACAAGGAGCUUUUGAAGAUUUCGGCCGCGGAGACCAGGGACGCCCUCUUUCGGGACAGGCUCCAGGACUCCCACCCCCUGGCCAUUGACAUGAUUUCGAUUACCGACGGGAAGGUCGUGAUCCGCCACCCGCCGUCCUUCCAGGCUUGGGUCGACCAGGUCCAGACUGAGGCUGCUGAGUCCGCGAAGCGUGGAUUCAUUCCGGGUAGGAAUUUCGGCAACAACAUCCUCGAGCUGCACGUGUCGAGCCGUCAGAUGUCGGUCGUACCUCACGGGUCUACCGAUAUCCCUGUGCUGUAUUCCUUGGACUUCGGCCAGGCCUUCCCGUCCCUGAAUCAGGACUUCCUCAUUCUCUCCCUUAGGGCCCUCAAGCUGCCUGAAGCAUUCGUGUCCUUCGUCACGUUCCUAUAUGCAUCGGUGGAAGGGGUUGUCUCGCACCUAGGUUCGCUAGUGCACAUCUUCUGGAUCCAGAGCGGCAUCAUCCAAGGUUGUGCCUUAUCGGGCACUCUCUAUGCGUUGAGUACGGCUGUCUUCUUGGUCGACCUGGCCUCUCGGGUGGAGGCCGCUGGCCUUGGCCUGGUUCGGGCCUGUGCUGACGACAUUGGGGGCACGUUAUUGGCCAUACGGCACCUAGUUCAUGUGUAUCGGGUUAUGCAGAUGGCCUCGGACAUGGCCAACCUCGCCCUGAAGGUCUCGAAAUGCAAGAUUGUCCCGCUGUCUGACAGGUUCUCGCCCGACCUCUCAGCCACAGUCUCCUUCUGGGUCUCCCAUCUGGUCCCCGAGUGGAGCUCGUUCGAGGUGGCUCCCAAGCUGCUCUACCUGGGCCUCUGGCUGGGGCCUGUGUUCCGCAUCCCGCUCGGCACUUUCGCCCUCGACUUCUGGACGCAGAUCGCUCAGUGGGGCGGCCCGCGCUGCACGCGGUGGGGGCACCUGGCCGUCGCCACCAUCACUCGAGCUGCGCUGCGCACUUUCCCAGGCUGGGAGAGGCUCCUCCAGCAGUUGCGGAACCACGCGCGCACCUUCCCGUACGAUGCCACCCUGUCCAUGCUGGCGACCGGCAAGCCGUGCCCGUCCUUCUGGUUGGCCCCCGCCUUUGUGGAGAAUUUGGCGCUGGCUGCCGCUGGCACCCCUCCUCCUGGCCCGCUGGCCGUCUUUGGUGCUCGUGCUGCCGACGCUGCGCUGGCUGCACUUCGUGAGAGCGGCCGACUUCGUCCUCGACCUCAGAGAGCUGCUCACGAAGCGCUGCGGGCCUCUGCGAUGCUGAACAAGCCCAUCACUGACCUCUUCGUGCUCUGCCUGAGGAAGUUCGCUGGCAGGUCGGCGGGCCUCCUUUCGAACAUCGACUGGGGCGAGUGCAAGAGCGUCCUCGCCCGCUGCCCGUGCUCGUGGGCCAUGGCCGUCCUGCGCACUUGGUCUGAUGGCUGGAUGACUUCAGCCCGUAUCAUCUCACCUGACGGCCAGAAGCAUUGCGUAUUUGGUUGUCUCGGCAAGCUCGACUCGUUGCGGCACUACGCGAGAUGCCCUGUCAUGCACCGUGCCCUUCGGCAGGCUCUCGCGAGACCGUUCCCGCUCCCGUGGAUGACCAGAUGGGGCCUAUCUGAACCCUCGCUGGCCACCUUCUCGGCGAUGGCUGCCGCUUACAACAUGUACAACGAAGCGAGGCUCGCGCCCGUGUGGCCCCUGACCCCGCCCCUCCUCCGCAGCUGUGCUCUCGCUGGUGUACGUUCGAUGCAGCUCGCGUCACCGCUGAAGUGCUCGGAGAUCGACCGCGAGCAGCUCGGCCGACGG